GAGUACUACUGGAUAAAGAGGCUCUUCCAUCUUCGUGUCUUCCACCUGCAGGUCCGCUGCUUACAUGGUAGUCUACUCUGGUUGCAGAUAGGAAGUACAAUUUCCUUCAUGCCAAUUAAUUUGAUUUGAUGAACUUUUUCCCCAAUUCAAGUAUUCAACCCUCCAACAAUGUGCACAAGAGACUGUGUUUUGCCUGUUAGGGUUUAUCAACCAUUUCCCAUCAAAAAUCUCAGUAGUUCAAGCGUCAAUUUGAUUCGAAUUCGCAAACACUCGGACCAAUACAAUGCUUCUAAAAUUUCUAGGGUUGGAAUUAAAUUCACUCGUCACAGACCCAUUUUUUGUUGUAAAUCAUCGACUGAAGGUGCGGCGAAUUCGAGUAAUGAAGAUUUCGUGACUAGGGUUUUGAAGGAAAACCCUACCCAAGUAGAACCCAGGUUUCGAAUUGGGGAUGAGGUGUAUACUUCGACUGAGAGGGAGAUUUUGAGGAACAAAAAAUUUCGGUUUGGAGCUUUUGAGGUGUUGAAGAGGCUGAUUGUGAAGGAUAGGGUGAGAGAAAAUGAGGUAAUUGAAGAAAAUGGGAGUGAGAAAUUGGAGAGUGAUGUUUAUUUGAAGGAUAUUUUGAGGGAAUUUAGAGGGAAACUUUAUGUUCCUGAGCAAAUGUUUGGGGUGAAUUUGUCUGAAGAAGAGGAAUUCGACCGGAAUUUUGAGGCGUUGCCGAAAAUGAGCUAUGACGAGUUUAUGAAGUUUAUGAGAAAGGAUAAGGUUAAGCUGUUGACUCUCAGGGAGGAGCAAAGUGGAAUGGUGACUGGUGAUGGGGUUAGAGAUUUUAUUUUUGAGCUGAAAGAAAUUCCUGGGGAUAAGAGCUUGCAUCGAACGCAAUGGGCAAUGCGGUUGGGUGCUGAUCAAGCUCAGGUGAUGUUGGCAGAGUACACUGGUCCUCAGUAUGAAAUAGAGACACGGGCAACGGCAUCGAUUGUGAAAUUGCCUGAGUAUCCUAGUCCUGUUGCAUCCUCCAUAUCAAGCAGGAUCAUGGUGGAAUUUGGAAUGGUUUCUGUUGUCUUGGCAGCUGCUGCAGUUGUUGUUGGAAGCUUCCUAGCUUCAGCUGUUUUUGCAGUCACCAGCUUUGUUUUUGUUGCUGCUGUGUACAUUGUCUGGCCUGUAGUGAAGCCUUUUCUCAAAUUCUUCCUUGGAAUCAUAUUUGGUAUCGCGGAGAGAGUUUGGGAUAAUCUUACUGACGUUUUUAGCGAUGGAGGGAUUCUUUCUAAGUUAUCUGAAUUCUAUACUUUCGGUGGUGUAUCUGCCAGUCUUGAGAUACUAAAACCAAUCACAUUGGUUCUUUUAAUUAUGGUUCUCCUUGUACGUUUUACUCUUUCAAGAAGACCAAAAAAUUUCAGGAAAUGGGAUAUAUGGCAAGGUAUUGAUUUUUCACAAUCCAAGCCUCAGGCUCGAGUUGAUGGUUCAACCGGGGUCACUUUUGCUGAUGUGGCUGGCAUUGAAGAAGCAGUUGAAGAGCUUCAAGAGUUGGUGAAUUACUUGAAGAAUCCGGAUCUAUUUGAUAAACUGGGGAUAAAGCCUCCACAUGGAGUCCUUCUGGAAGGGCCACCUGGUUGCGGAAAGACUUUAGUUGCAAAAGCGAUAGCUGGUGAAGCUGGCGUUCCAUUUUACCAAAUGGCUGGAUCAGAGUUUGUUGAAGUUCUUGUUGGUGUUGGCUCUGCACGUAUCAGGGAUUUAUUCAAAAGAGCCAAGGUAAAUAAGCCAUCAGUCAUAUUCAUUGAUGAAAUUGAUGCAUUAGCAACACGGCGUCAAGGAAUAUUCAGUGAUUCAAGUGAUAAUCUAUAUAAUGCAGCCACUCAAGAGAGAGAAACUACUUUGAAUCAGCUCUUAAUUGAGCUUGAUGGUUUCGAUACUGGCAAAGGUGUCAUCUUUCUAGGUGCUACAAACCGGAGGGAUUUGUUAGACCCUGCACUUCUUCGACCAGGUCGUUUUGAUAGAAAGAUAAGGGUUCAACCUCCCAACGCUAAAGGAAGAUUGGAAGUCUUGAAAGUUCAUGCCCGAAAAGUGAAAUUGUCACCGUCUGUUGAUUUGUCCACUUACGCAAAUGACUUACCUGGAUGGAGUGGUGCUAAAUUGGCUCAGCUGUUGCAAGAGGCUGCUUUAGUAGCUGCUAGGAAAGGGCAUGAAGAAGUUAUGCAGUCUGACCUUGAUGAUGCCGUAGAUCGACUAACAAUUGGGCCUAAACGUGUUGGCAUAGAGUUGGGGCACCAAGGACAAUGUCGCAGGGCAACAACUGAAGUUGGAACUGCUAUAACAUCUCAUUUGCUUAGAAAGCUUGAGAAUGCAACAGUUGAACGUUGUGAUCGUGUUUCUAUAAAUCCACGUGGCCAGACAUUAUCACAAGUUGUGUUUCAUCGUCUUGAUGAUGAGUCUUACAUGUUUGAAAGGCGGCCACAGUUGCUACUUCGAUUACAGGUAUUUCUUGGAGGGAGGGCAGCUGAGGAAGUUAUAUAUGGACGUGAUACAUCAAGGGCGUCUGUUAACUAUCUUGCUGAUGCAACUUGGCUUGCCCGAAAAAUUAUAACCAUAUGGAAUCUGGAGAACCCUAUGGUCAUACACGGGGAACCACCUCCGUGGAGGAAGGCAUCUAAAUUUGUGGGACCCAGGCUGGACUUUGAGGGGUCUUUGUAUGAUGACUAUGAUCUUACUGAACCCCCAGUUAACUUCAAUUUGGAUGAUGAAAUUGCUACGAGAACUGAAGAAUUGUUGCAGGAGAUGUAUAAGAAGACUGUUUCGCUGCUUAGACAGCAUCAUGCAGCUUUGCUCAAAACUGUGAAGGUUCUAUUAAACCAAAAGGAGAUCAGUGGAGCAGAAAUCGACUUUAUCAUCGACAAAUACCCAGCAGAAACACCAGUAAGCCUUUUGUUAGAGGAGGAACAUCCCGGAAACCUGCCAUUGUUUAACGAGGAUCAAGGCUAUGAGCUAGCGUAUGCAUUGACAACUUCACCAAAUGGUGAAUUGGUGUGAUUUUGACAUGUCAUUGAUUAACUUCAGCUAUGCUUCUGUUUUAAGCUCUCAUAUUAAAAAAGAGUUUUGAAGUUGUGUAUAGAGAUUCUUGGCCAAACGUUUCACCUUUCUUAGGCCGAUUUUGAAGUAGCGAUAGUCUAGUUGUAUUUUAGAAGUUAAACAAGAACUCAAUUGUAUAAAGGCAAUUUGUUAAAGAGGAUAUUUUAUAGCCCAAAUUUUGCGAGAAAGGGCCUUUAAUAAAUAUUUUUGUAACCUUAA